AGGGUGGGCGGAGACCGACCCGAGCUUGGCUGCCUGGAGCCGGGGGCAGGACGCGGGUGGGCCACGGCCUUAUUUGCUAGUUCCCGGUCUCCUGACCGAGCUCCUCCCCGAGUCCGCCCCGGCAGUUUUAUCUUGUGACUACGGCGGCCGCUUCUUCCUUCCUCGCGCCUGGAAGUUCCUUAGCAGCAAUGUUACCCGCCGCGCUCAUGCUCCUGGCGCUCAGCGCCUCCGCCCUCGCACAGGAGGUGCAUUUCAAGGACUGCGGUACUUCAUUUGGAGCUUUAAAGAGUGUGAAAGUGACCCCAUGCAUUGUUCAGCCCUGCCAUCUGCAGAAAGGACAGUGUUACAGUGUCAAUGUCACCUUCACCAGCAUUUCUGACUCGAAAGGGAGCAAAGCCGUGGUGCAUGGCAUCGUGAUGGGCGUCCCGGUUGCCUUUGCCAUCCCUGAGCCUGAUGGCUGCAAGAGUGGAGUCAAGUGCCCCAUAGAAAAAGACAAGACCUACAACUACGUGGCUAAACUACCAGUACAGAAGUCCUACCCCUCGAUACAGCUGGUGGUGAAGUGGGAACUUCGGGAUGACAACGACCAAGGUCUCUUCUGCUGGGAACUCCCAGUACAGAUUGAAUAGUGCUAUUUGAUGCCAGUGUGUCCGUCAGGGGAUGAGAGAGCACAAGUGGAGGGAGGGGAGGAGAAGUCAAGUCUAAACUAAACCAGUGCCAUAAGAUGAAAGGAAUUUCUAGACUGCUGUUUCAUGCUUUUCAACCUCCAACUGUAUCUAAGACCCUGUUUCUGGAGGGCUCAGAACUGCUUCCCUUGUGAUAUCUUUUGUAAAGGGUUGAAGGAAAGGAGAGAGAAGGACUGUAGAAAUUGAUUUGUCUUCAGUGUUUUUUGCUGUUGGAUAAGGAGGGUCCAGCCAGGCUGCUUAGGGAUAUUGGAUAACUUGCCGGAGGGUUAUUGACCCUUGUAGUGGGGACAGAUUCCAAACCUCAUUCCUCUAGCUGGGAUAUUACAUCUCCAAGUGCCUCGUUGAGUUCACUGCAUCUGGCCAGCAAGCCUGCUGACUCUUGACAGCACCUCCAGCUCCACUGCCUCAACAGCAAUGACUUGCUCUCCAGUGGUAUCCAGCGUUUCAGUGCCGGGGAGGUGUCUGUGGCAGAAGUUCAACCCUGGGUGGCUAGUUCUCCGUGGUUAUCUCAUUUCUCCUUCUCUGUCUUAAGUGGUUUUCAUUAAAUGCAGCACUUGAUGAGCA